ACCCAAACUGUUUCGCCUGAAAAUCGCUUGUCACUAGACAGUUCGAGAUGGCAGAGGAGUUUCCAUAUGCCCUGUUUGUUGAGGGCAAAUGGGACCCCGAGACUCCUAAGUUAAAAAACAAACUCACAAUUUAUUUCCAGAGUAGAAAGUCAAACGGAGGAGAUUGUUCUGUGCAGUAUGAUGCUUCCGACUUACAGAGAGCAAUCGUGCGCUUCAAACUAGAGGAAGUGAGAGAAAAUGUUAUCCAGAAGCCAACGCACCAAAUAAAGCUGGGCAAAGACCUCGUGACGCUGAAUGUAUAUCCGCCUUCAGGAGACUCCAAAGACACUCCGGAAUCAAAGUCCACAAGCAAAACAGAUCAAACAGGUCUCAGAAGCCAAGAGGAAUCACCUGCCCAAGAUGAAAGUGCCACGUCUGGUGAACUUCAGUGUGAGGAGGUGAAGGAGGAGUUGCCAGAGGACAGCACAGACCCAGCGCCCAGAUCGGCUGUGCUUAGCAACAUCCAGAACAUGAGUCAGGAGUUCCUGCAUAUGUUGGUGGAGAACGUCCUCAAGGGUGGCUCUGAAUCAAAAGAAUUUAACAUAGAAUUCAUAACUGAGAGCAACUGUGCUGUGGUUACUUUCCCUAGCAGAAAAGGUGCAGAGCACUUCAUUAUGUCUUGUCCAGGUAAUUCAGUUGUUAGGAGGAAGAAUCUGGAAGUGAGUCCUCUUAAGACGACUAAAAUGGUGAAGGCUGAGGAUGUUCCUUCAGGUGUGAACUCUGACUACUUUGUGCUGUAUUUUGAAAAAUUUGGUGAAGUAGAGGAUGACGUGGAAAUUCUCGAAGAUGAACAAUCUGCGAUUAUCACCUUUUGUGAUCACACAGCUGUAAACACAGUUCUCAAAGCUCAACAUCAAAUUAAAAAGCACCCUAUCAGAGUAUACCCAUACUAUGCAUCAUUGGGAACAGCCCUUUAUGGUAGAGAGAGACCCACUUUGAAACUCCCAGAGACCUUCAUACAGAAUAUUGAUAAAUCUAUCUGGAAAUAUCUCCAAGAAAACCAAAGAUCAUUGGACUUGCUCAUGGAAUAUAUGUCUAAACAUUGGUGUCAGCUGGACCUUGGAGACACAGCUGUGAGGAUCAGUCCUCAUCGGUCCCUCCUUUGCCAAGGUGUACAGACAAGAAAACUCCUCCAGAUGUGGAAAGAGAAGGCCUCUGCUGAGUUUACUUCUGCAAUGUCCAAAUAUAAAGCACUGGAGAUCCCACUUCAGAGAGAUGCAUGGGUUGAAUUGGCGACAGAAGUCCCCAAGAUAUUGGAAUCUGAGCCUGUGACCCUGGUCCUUCACAAAGAUCAAGGAACAAUAAUCAUGGCAGGCCUUGUAGAAGAUGUGUGCAGAACUGCUAAUAUUGUAAAAAAUAUUGUUGACACCACCACUCAAAGGAUUCAAAGGGAGAUAGGCAGUGUGACAGAUGAACUUCUCAUGGAUCCAUCCAUUUAUGAGAUCAUCAUGCUGAGUGGCCUGAAGCAAAACCUUAAAGUCAUCUUUCCUGAGCUGGAUGUGAAUUACCACAAGCAAAGCCAGAAGAUAACUCUCUAUGGUCUAAAACAAGAGGUGCUUGAGUCAAAAAAUAAGAUUCUGCAAGAAAUUGUUAGCCUACAUCAGAGGAUGGUGGAACUCAAGCCAUCUAUUCUGGAGUUUCUAUGUAAAGGGACACGGGAGGAACUAAACAGGAACUUGUUCUUAUCCAAGGGAAUUAGUGCAUCCCUGGAAAUUAAGGAAAACCAUGCAUGGCUUUUUGCCAAAACUGAAAAAUCCUUGAGUGAUAGUGAGGAACAGCUGACAGCACUGUUAUGUUGUAAACACUUAGAUGUAGAGGAUCCCACUGUGCUCAGAAGGGAAGAAUGGCACAAUCUUGUUGCUAACUUAAAUAUCACAUUCAAUUCAAAAGAAUUGGCUGUUGUAAUCAACACAUCAGACAACCAAGUUGAAGUUUCUGGCUUUGUUCAACCAGUCUUAUUAGUCCAAGAACAGUUGUCUGAAUAUAUAAAUAACAAUUCUCUCAUUACUGAAACCUUUAUGACAGAAAAGAUCAUUGUCAGGUUUAUCCAGGAGCACAAGAAGGAAAACUGGUUUGACAAUGUGAAAAAUAAUGUCAACGUUGACUUUAAAGACAACACAAUCUCACUGUAUGGCCCAAGGAUAUAUGUCUCUCAGUGUAAGCCUCUCUUUGAGGACCUCCUUUCAUCGGUUUUCUGCUGCAACUUUAAAGUAGCUAAGCCUGGUGCCAGGAAAUCUUUCAAGAAUAAAGAGACAAUGUAUAUUGCUACAGCCAAGAACAUUAUGGGGUGUUUAGUUGAGUUAGCAGAUAAGGAUGACCUUUCUCAGGUUGCUGAUGUCACUAUGGAAAAAAGGGGAGUACUAACACCUGAUGGAGUGGAGAUUAUAGUCAAUAAAGGUGACAUGUGCUACUAUCCAGUAGAUGCUGUUGUUAAUCCAGCUAAUGAGAAGCUUGACUUCAAUGGAGGUCUAUCAAUGGCACUUUCCACUGCUGCUGGACCACAACUGCAGGAGGCCUGUAAGAAGAUUAUUAAAAAGCAAACAAAGCUGAACAUGGGUGAUGCUGUCCUCACUGAGGCAGGGGGUCAACUGCGCUGCAGGUAUGUCAUCCAUGCGGUAGGACCACUCUUUGAUGCUUCUGAUCCCCAGAAAGCAGUCCGACUUUUGAAAAAGGCAGUGAUAAAGAGCCUGAAUCUUGCUGACAGAGAGAAUUGCCAGUCUCUUGCAAUACCAGCCAUAAGUUCUGGCAACUAUGGGUUCCCAUUGGACCUUUGUGCUGACACCAUUGUUGCAGCCCUGAAAGAGUUCUUUGAGUUUAUGAUGGGGGACACUUGCUUAAGAAAGAUCCAUCUCAUUGACAACAACGUAAGAACAGUUGAGGCUUUAAAAGCUGCAGUGCAGAAAGUUUAUGGGCAGAGAUUCACCAGUCAGAAGAUGACAUCUGAUGUGAAUUCAAGCAACCAUCAGCAAAACCUAAACCUCUCCAGUUCAUCAAGCCAUGGCUCAUCACAGAGUGUUAAGACAAAUGAGGGUCUGACCAUCACCAUUUCACAGUGCAACAUCCAGGAUGCCUCAGCAGAUGUUGUUGUGAACUCUAUAUCUUCUGAUCUGGCCCUUAAUCAUGGAGCCAUCUCGAGUGCCAUCUUUAAAGCAGCUGGCCCUCACCUUCAGGACCUUCUUAACCAGCAUGCUGUAAACCCUGCACCUGUUGGGGCAAUAUUUGUCACUAAUGGCUGUAACCUUAAAACCAGUUUGGUGUUUCAUGCUGUUGCCCCCCACUGGAAGGGUUCAGAGCAGAAGGUGAUGGAAGACAUUAUGAGUAAAUGUUUAGACGAGGCUGAACAGCGGAAGCAGGGGUCCAUUGUGUUCCCUGCCAUAGGCACAGGAAACCUGGGCUUUCCGAAAUCACUGGUGGCUUCCCUCAUGCUUGACUCCAUUGUUCAGUAUAGCAAAAAGAACCCCAAGCAUGUACAGAAGGUGAUGUUUGCUCUCCACCCCAAAGACACUGAAACCAUUAAGGCCUUUACAGAUGAGUUCAACAAAAGUUUUAACACACAGUCAUCCCCAACAAGUGCUGUAACACAGCAGCAAUACAAAGGUCCUUUUUCAAAGAUUACUUCACCAAUAUCAGGGACUUAUGAGACCAUGGUGGGAGGUGUUAUGCUUCAGGUUCUUAAUGGCGAUAUCACCAUAGAGAAAACAGAUGUCAUUGUAAACUCCAGCAAUGAUGAUUUCACAAUGAAAUCAGGUGUCUCAAAGGCUGUUUUGGAUGCCGCUGGUCCAAUUGUAGAGGCAGAGUGCAAGCAACUGGGAGCACAGCAAAAUCAAGGGCUGAUAAUGACCCAGCAAGGCAACUUGCAGUGCAAGAAAAUUAUUCAUAUUUCAGGAAAAAGUAAUCCUGCAAUAAUUCGUCAACUUGUCAUGCAAGCGCUCAAAAUAUGUGUUCAGCAGAACUUCACUUCCAUUUCCUUCCCUGCUUUUGGAACAGGUCAAGGUGGGGUGAAUGCAGGUUUAGUUGCAGACGCCAUGCUGGACGCUGUAAUAGACUUUGUGAAACAGACUCCCCAGUCCUCCCUCAGACUGGUCCGGAUAGUGAUUUUCCAGGCGCCCAUGUUGGCAGACUUCCACCAGAGCAUGCUGAAGAGGGAAGCCACAGACAAGCAGAAGAAGGGGACUACCUUGACAAAAAUUAUAUCAUAUGCAAAAUCAUGGUUUGGAUCUGGGGAUAAAGAUGUCAAGCAGCAGAAGGGCAAGAGCUUUGUGAUGGAGGACAAAGUGGUGCAUGCUGCAUGCUUCUCCAUCUGUGGGCCAUCCCAGGCCGCUGUGCACAGAACGCAGCAGUGGCUUGAGAAACUCAUCUCCGAAGAACAGGCAUUUCAGGAAAUCUCAGAUGCAGUGAUUCUUAGCUUGUCUGACAAAGACAUACAGCGAAUUCAAGACUUGCAGCAAGACAUGGACAUUAGCGUGAGAAUGGAGUUCAAGAGUCAGGCGGCUGCAGCUGGAGGCUCGGGGGAGGCCACGAUCAUAGUAGAGGGCAUCACCAGGGACGUUUUAGCAGCGGCAAGUGAGAUCCAGACCAUGAUCAAAAGAACCAGAGAAGAGGUGGACCUGAAAAAACAAAUCAGUAUGACCCUCGAUCUGGUGGACUGGCAGUACCAGCAGGGUGGACAGUACCACAGCUUUGAUCCACAGACAAACUACUUUUUGGAGAAAGCACUUGCUGUGGAUGCUCACCAAGCGGACAUCACCUUCCAAGGCCAAUUGUACAAGGUCACAAUGCCAGAUGGUCCAGCUGUGAGUGGUAGCAACCAGAUGAACAUCAGGCGUGUUGACAAAUUAAAUGUGGCAUCCACUGACAGCCUACCACAGGAAUGGGAUACCAUGAAAGCGGAUGAGUUAUUCAAGGUGUGCCCACUGCAGUCUGGAAGUAAAGAAUAUAAUGACGUAUUGAGCCACUUUAGAAAAACCUGCAACAAGAAUGUUAUUAAGAUUGAAAGGAUCCAGAAUCCUGGCAUUUGGAAGAACUACCAGAAUAACAAGACAAUCAUGGAACAUAAAAAUAAACAUCAGAACAACGAGAAGAGGCUCUUCCAUGGGACCCGGCCAGACUCAAAAGUUCACAUCAAUAUGAGAGGCUUCAACCGCAGCUAUGCAGGAUUAAAUGCGGCAGCCUUCGGAAAGGGCACGUAUUUUGCACUUAAUGCGAGCUACUCUGCCCAACCUACAUAUUCAGUACCAGACCAGCAAGGCCAGAGGCACAUGUACCUUUGCAGAGUUCUCACUGGAGACUACACAGUUGGAAAUCAUUCAAUGAUCGUCCCUCCUCCCAAAACUGCCAACAGCACUGAUCUCUAUGACACUGUGGUGGACAAUACUUCAGCGCCAACCAUCUUUGUGGUGUUCCGUGAUGAUAAUGCUUAUCCAGAAUACCUGAUAACCUUCACUUGAGUCAUGCUCUGAAACUGCCUUAAAGAGAUAGAUUAAGUUCCUGAACACAAAUUUUAGCCAAGAAUGUAUCUAACCAACCUGAAAGGCAUGGCUGCCUUUUGCUACACACAAGUUAAAAACUACAGACCUUGCAGUUAAGCUUUUUGCACAUUUCACUGAGUACAAUUUUAUAACUUUUGUUAUAAACCACUGAGAAUAACAAAGUAAUUAUCUUCUGACGUCUACAGUUCAUCUUAUGUUUUGCACUCCUGUUGUGGAAGUUUGAAAUCACAGGAAUGGGAUGUUCUGUAAAGCACUCUAUGCAGUCUGUGAUUUUGUUUAUGAUUUUAUCGUUUAUGUCAGCUCAGAAUGAAUUCCUAGGUUUAAGAAUUUUCUUAUCUGAUUUUGCCUAAUAGAUACUCAAUAAAUAAACAUUAUAUGCAACACA